AUGGCCGUAAGAAGGGUCGGCGUUGUCCUCGGACUCACGGACGAAGAGUGCAGGGGGGAAGAGGAGGACAAAAAACAGGCCAGACCGGCCCCGAUUCAUAGCAAUCGGGACAUGAUGACUCGACACCAGCCUUGGUGUUGCCCGUUGACCAGAAUGAGAAAGAUCGUGAAGGGCUUGGAACACUUGGCGUCGCAUCGGCAUGGGUGUGGAGAUGGUGAUCCAGAAGAGGACCUGCGAAAAGACCGCGAGCGAUUCCGCCUAAACGGAGUUGUUAUGUCCUCUAUCGUGGGUCGGCCGGAUCGAUAA